ACAUACCUGUCGUGGGCUUGGCUAUAUAGGCCUACACACAGCUACAUCGAACUCUGUAAGCUUAUUUCGGAAGCGCCGUGGUUGUGGGGGAGCGCAGCUCUAGCUCUAUAUGCGGUCCAAUUCCAGGAGUCAAUUUCAAAUUAAAAAAUUAGAUUUGAACUGUUAUUGUCCUGGCGUCGGACCUAUUCGAGAUUGGUUUUAGCCCCUUGCCGGAGAAGAGGGUUUUUGUCUAGGAGGGAUACGGCUUUUGUAAAAACGGACUUUUCAUAGCAUUUAGGAGAAGGGUUAGGUUUAGCUAAAAUGCACAAAAAACUACUUUUGACGUCAAUUUGACAAAAACUGUCAUCCAUCUAGACAUGACCGGAGAAGAGGCGGGAGGGAGGGGGCAAGAGUGCGCAAUGACGGAUAAAGAGCAUGAAGGAGGCGAAGGAAGAACGGGAAGAAGAAAAUCCGACAAAGAUCAGAGCUGGAUCCCCAACAUCAUCAGGAAGCGAGUAUGCACCACAUUCGUAGAGGACUCUUUAAGCAAUGGGGCAUUGUGUCAGUGUGGGGGCAUGCGGGAGACUCACGGCUCCAACGCUACAGGAGACUAUUUCGGAGCCGCCAUCGUCAGCCAGUGGGACAGUUCCCAGCACUCCUCAGAGUACCCCACCGACGCCUUCGGAGAGCUGGAAUUCGCAGGGGCUGGCAGGAGACACAGCCAUUUCUUGCGACUGUCAUGCGACACCCCACCUCAGAUCGUGUACAGUCUGAUGACGGCCCACUGGGGGGUGCCCUCCCCCAACCUGGUGGUUUCUGUUGUGGGGAGUGGGGGGUGCGAGAAGGUCAAGCCCUGGGUCAGGGAGGUGCUGAGACAGGGGCUGGUCAAGGCGGCACAGAGCACCGGGGCGUGGAUAGUGGCGGGGGGGCUGAGGGAGGGGGUGGGUCGUUGUGUUGGGGAGGCAGUGCGAGAUCAUGCUGCUGCGGCUUCCUGUCUCUCCCAGAAGAAAGUCAUUGCUGUGGGCGUGGCCCCCUGGGGGCUGGUGCACCACAGAGAGCAGCUAGUUAACACACAGGGUAGUUUCCCUGCGCGGUAUUAUGUCCAGAACGCAUCUCGUGACUCGUGCUGCCUGGAUAAUAACUACCAGGCCUUCCUGCUGGUGGAUGAUGGGAGUGUAGGCCGGCGGGGAGGGGAAACGGCCUUCAGGUCCAUGAUGGAAGACUACAUCUCCCACCAGCGCACCGGCAUCUGGGAUAGUGGCAGUAUAGAGAUUCCUGUGCUGUGUAUGCUCAUCUCAGGGGAAGCUGCCAUGCUGAAGAGGGUGGAUCUCUCUCUGAGGAAGGCUACUCCCUGGCUGGUGUUGAAUGGUUCUGGUCCAGCGGCAGACCUUAUCUGUGAGCUGCUGGAUGCCCUGUCAGCUGUGCCGAUGAGCUGCACCUCUCCCCCGCCAGAGGGUGAGGGGAGCGAGAGCCCCAGUGCGGAGCUGCGCGAAAGGACCCGUGAGAGGGUCAAGAGGCACUUCCCUGCAGAGGCAGACCGGGAGAAGCUUGUGGACAGGGCUCUGAGUAUCUAUCAGAACAGAGAUCUGAUCACAGUGUUCCACGGGGAGCAGGACAGUCCUGAUGAUUUUGACACUGUGCUACUGAAGGCUCUGGUCAGAGCCAGUAAACGUGUGUCCAGUGACGCCAGUGAGUACACAGAGGAGCUGAAGCUAGCAGUAGCCUGGAACAGGGUGGACAUCGCUAACAGUGAACUCUUCAAUGGAGACAUCCAAUGGAGGUACGAGGACCUGGAGGACUCCAUGACGGACGCACUGAUCAACAACAAGCCCCAGUUUGUACGUCUCUUCAAUGAGAACGGCCUCAACAUCCUGGACUACCUGACCUACCAGCGUCUGGAGGGCCUGUACCGCUCGCUGUCCAACAGCUCUCUGGCCUACGCGCUUCUCCAGCGACACCUCACAGAGAGGCAGAGCCUGGCCAGAUCCCUUCCCACUGUCCCCUGCUCUCCGGACGAGCCUACACCCCUCAAGAGCCCCAUAUCAGGACCCUCCUCUGCCAAAGAGCUCAGCUUGUAUGAGGUGUCGCGGCUACUAUGGGACAUCCUGGGAGAUGUGUGUCAGCCCUUCUACUACGGUCCUCUGGGUUUGGACCAGAGCACCAGCACCUGGAGAACACUGAAGCAAGUGAAUAAGUUGUUACUGGGGGAUUGUCUGUAUAGGGAGCAGUGCUGUGUCCAUCCCUGGGCCUCUCUGUUCAUCUGGGCUGUGCUGCAGAACCGCAGCGAGAUGGCUGUCUACUUCUGGGAGAUGGCAGGGGAGUCUGUCCUCAGUGCUCUGGCAGGCUGUAAGAUUCUGAGGGAGCUGUCUAAGCUUGAGAGUGAGACGGCGGCCAAGCUCUCUCUGAAGGAGCUAGCACAGAAGUUUGAGAACUUGGCCAAUGAAGUGUUCAGUGAAUGCUAUCAGAGCAGUGAGAGUCGCUCUUUCAACCUCCUUAUAAGGCAGUCUCUGGUGUGGGGCGAAGCUACCUGUCUGGAGAUGGCCACCGCAGCCGAUGCCCGCCUCUUCUUCAGUCACGAUGGCUUGCAGUCUCUGCUGUCUCAGAUCUGGUGGGGAGACAUGGAGAGGAGCACAGAAGUCUGGAAACUGAUCCUCACCUUCUUCUUACCCCCCCUCAUCUACACCAACCUCAUAAGCUUCAGGGAACCUGAGGAAGAGGGGAAGACUGAGCAGGUGCCGCAUGGUCAAGACACAGACAGUCUGGACGGAGUCGAUGCCACCAUGUUCUCCCUCACCGACAUGAUGGAUGAGGAUGCUGAGGAUUAUGCGGCUGUAAGGGUCAAUCUGAAAGGUGCCCCCUCCUCCAAUCCUAAGAGGCCGUUCGUACUGCUACGCUGGAGAGAGUUCUGGUUUGCGCCCGUCACGGCGUUUCUAGGCAACGUGCUGAUGUACUUCCUGUUCCUCAGCCUGUUUGCUUACGUCCUAUUGUUGGACUUCAAGCCCCCGCCCCCUCACGGCCCGUCCACCUUAGAGUUUGUUCUCUACUUCUGGGUCUUCACCCUGGUCUGUGAGGAGUUUCGACAGACAUUCUUCAGGGGCAGCACUACUUUAUAUCAGAGGAUGAAGCUCUACAUCCAGGACAUGUGGAAUAAGUGUGACAUCACAGCUAUCUCACUCUUUGCACUGGGCAUGUGCUGCAGAAUGUUCCCAUGGUCCUAUGAAUUUGGCCGGGCUGUGAUGGCUGUGGACUACAUGGUGUUUACCCUCCGUCUCAUCCACAUAUUCGCCAUCCACAAACAGCUGGGACCCAAGAUCAUCAUCGUUGAAAAAAUGAUGAAGGACGUCUUCUUCUUCCUCUUCUUCCUGGCGGUGUGGCUCAUGGCCUACGGCGUAGCCAAUCAGGCGCUGCUCUACUCCUACGAUCCUCGUCCCGGUUGGAUCUUCCGCCGAGUGUUCUACAGGCCAUACCUGCACAUAUUUGGACAUAUCCCCAUUCAUGAAAUGGAUGCUGAUAAACUGGAGGAGGGGAUAGAGUGCACCAAUAACGUCACCCUGAUCGAGGCAGGGGCCGAGCCCUGCACGAGUACCUAUGCUAACUGGCUGGUGGUCAUCUUAUUGGUCAUCUUUCUGCUGGUCACCAACAUCCUGUUGGUCAACCUGCUCAUUGCCAUGUUCAGUUACACAUUCUCCAAAGUGCAGGAGCACAGCGACACCCACUGGAAGUUCCAGCGCUACAACUUGAUCGCAGAGUACCACUCUAGACCCUGUCUGGCUCCACCCUUCAUCAUCCUCUCCCACCUCCACCUCUUCAUCAAGAGACACAUCCGCAGGAUCCCCUCUGUCAAGAUCAAACACUUUGUUCUGGAUAUCCGUGGCAGGCAGGCCAGUAGACUGAACACAUGGGAGGCCAUCCAGAAGGAGAAUAUACUGUCUGCCCAGAACAAACGAGAGCGAGAGAAAGACUCCGAGAGACUCAAACGCACCUCUGUCAAGGUGGACAGUGUCCUAAAGCAGAUGGCAGAGAUCCGGGACCACGGCCACAGGCUAAGAAUACUGGAGGCAGAGUUGGAGUACUGUUCUAGUGCCCUCUCCUGGAUGGUGCAGGCUCUCUCUCAGAGUAACUUGAUAAAGCCCACACGUCCUCCGCCCGCUCUCCGAGAUCUAACUCUCCAACUAGCUGACCCAAGUCUGGAUAAUAAUGAAAUCUAGACACGUGUACACACACACACAAUCACUGUCACUCAGGGUAAAAGAAUGUCUGACUUGAUGCUCAUUCGUCUAUCGUCCUUUUAUAAACUUUGAUCAUUUGAACUGCUGCCAUUUUGUAAGUGGACCAUUGUUGCUGUUCUAUGUUACACUUAUUGUUCCUAUGUUGUUCUAGAAAUCUUUUUCCUGUGGGUUCUAGAAUGUAUUGGCGUCUUCUUAUUAAUGUAAUAUGUACAGACAUUUGUAAAAGUGCAAUUCAAAUGUCUCUACCCCCAUAAUGACAUGACCAGGUACAAACACAUUCAACCUGACACGAUCACAAGAAAAUACAUAGUUUGUAUGUUGAUUUUUGGUUUUGCACUCAGACUCUCAGCAAGGGCUGUAUUCAAUCAGUUCUGCCUUAAUACACGGUAACCGACAACUGUAUAGCAGUUUCAUUGUUUUUAUUUACGUGAUAGAGUUGUGCUGGAGUGGCUAAUGCCUAGGAAUGCUAUUUCCUGAUGUUGCACCUAGUGUUCAGCCAGGGGUAAACAAAAGACUACUGCAACCUGAUUGGCUGAACGCAAUGUGCAAUUUCACUUCCUUAUGCUAUCAAAUAUAUUUUACCAAAACAAAUAUGAUUCUUCAUGUUCAGAAUUGUUCAGUGGUGUCUUUCUCUAACAUAUCAUUAACAUUAUCCAAAAAGUCAGAUUUCAUAAUCUAAUACUUCCGAUAAUAAGCACUGAGCUAUGUUCACAGGGCGGUGCCGCUUUCUCACAGCAACUUUUAAGGAUUUUAGCUGUGGUGGUCAUCUAAAAAAUGUUUCCGCGAGUAGCAAAAGCUAAAUUACUAUGCCACAAGCCGAAUUAAAUCUAAAAAGCUUUGAAAAGAGAAAGCUUGCGGUACACUUAAUGAUAUGCUUGUUUUCUAGAGGUAUUUCCCAUUAAUAUGAAAAGCUAAAGUAUGAAAAUAUAACAUGUCUCAAAAUCCAUGUCUUUCUUACCUCUAUAUAGAGCCCACCAGCUUGUAGUUUAAAAUGCAUGUCUUUCUUACCUCUAUAUAGAGCCCACCAGCUUGUAGUUUAAAAUGCAUGUCUUUCUUACCUCUAUAUAGAGCCCACCAGCUUGUAGUUUAAAAUCCAUGUCUUUCUUACCUCUAUAUAGAGCCCACCAGCUUGUAGUUUAAAAUCCAUGUCUUUCUUACCUCUAUAUAGAGCCCACCAGCUUGUAGUUUAAAAUCCAGAAAUGGAUUACCUCUAUAUAGAGCCCACCAGCUUGUAGUUUAAAAUCCAGAAAUGGAUUACCUCUAUAUAGAGCCCACCAGCUUGUAGUUUAAAAUGCAGAAAUGGAUUACCUCUAUAUAGAGCCCACCAGCUUGUAGUUUAAAAUGCAGAAAUGGAUUACCUCUAUAUAGAGCCCACCAGCUUGUAGUUUAAAAUCCAGAAAUGGAUUACCUCUAUAUAGAGCCCACCAGCUUGUAGUUUAAAAUCCAGAAAUGGAUUACCUCUAUAUAGAGCCCACCAGCUUGUAGUUUAAAAUCCAGAAAUGGAUUACCUCUGGUUCGUUCAGCCAUUGGGGAAAUGGAGAAAGAAAAGGGGUUAGGGAUAAACACAAAAAAUAAGGUCUGAGGUUAACACAGGCUUAGGAGAGUUUAUAUGUUUUGUUCUGUGAGAUAAUAUCAGUCUGCUAACAUGAACUUUGGAUUUUGAAGUCUUUAUGUGAUAUUUUUUAUGACAUAAUUACUGAAAAAGAGGUCUGCUGAUGAAGAUUAUCUCAUAGAACAAAACGUAUAAGAUUUCCUAAGCCUAUGUUUACCACAUACCUUAUUUUCAGCGUUGAUCUAAAACCCUACAACAGCUCUUUCUCCAUAGGCUUUGCCCAACAAACCAUGGCAGAGUCAUGUCAUUCCUAACAUGCGGUGCCUUUUCUGUCCCCAAGAAAUAUAACUUCUUGAUUUUGUCAGGUGCUAUACUUUUCCUAUGUUCUGUGUUUUUGGCACGUUAUUGUUAUUAUGUGCUGUAAUUUUUGGACCGAAAUUAAAGUGCGUCUGUUUAUUACA